AUGCCAGCUGCAGUCCGACCUCGUCCUUCUUCACCUUCAGCCGAUAAACCACCGGCACAUAAAAGGGCAAAAGCAGAUGCCACUACCAACCUUCAUGAGUCGAUCAACUUGCCUACUCCACAACAGGUUCAUGCGUAUAGGGAGGGAUAUAACCAGGCCACACCUUACAAGUAUGCUGCGAUAGAGGGGCUGCUAAGCGAUGACUUGCUCGAAGCGGUUGUAGAGGAGUCCUGGACCUACGGAAUAAGAGGCGAGGAAGGCAGUCAUCCAGGCUGGGGAUGGGAACAGAAAGAAACUGAUAUAUACAGUAUCCAACAAACUCCCGAUUUAUCGUCAUUGGAUCCCGCUCAUUUACCUGAUGAGACGCUCGAGGCUCUACCUAUGACGACCAGGCUGAAAAAUGCUCUCUAUUCCGAAGAAUUCAGGAAUUUGGUCAGAGAAGUUACAGGAUGUGGACCUUUGUCAGGAAAGAAGACGGAUCUGUCUGCGGGUUUAUAUACUACUGGAUCCCACCUACUCUUACAUGAUGAUUCAAUCUCAACCCGAUUGAUCUCUUACAUCCUCUAUCUCCCGAACUCACCUCUCGACGCCCCUAAAGCAGAUGUCGAAUUGACACCUUCUGCAGAUGGCAAAUUCUUGAAAGGCUGGGAUCCUAAAUGGGGUGGUUCGCUCGAACUUUUCCCAGUGGAGAAUGGAGAAGAAGUCGGUCCACCUGGAACAAAACGAGUCGCCAAGGUUGAUGUGAAAUGGGGUCAAAUCGUGUUCUUCGAGGUACAACCCGGUAGAAGCUACCACUCCGUCGAGGAGGUCAUUAUCGAUGAAGGUAGACAGAGAAUGGGUGUCAGUGGGUGGUUCCACCGACCCACGAAAGGUGAAGAUGGCUAUGAACCACUCGACAGGGAGAAGCUCAAAGCCGAGCUAAGCUCCUUGGCUCAGAUCACCGCCGCUCCCACCAUCCCAUUCACCCCUUACACAUCUGAACCCCCCGUCGGCUUGAAACCUUCCGACCUCACCUUCUUAGCCGAUUUCAUCGCACCAUCUUACCUCACUGUACCUACACUCGAGAAGCUCUCCGGUCAAUUCGCCGAGGCUUCGGAAAUCGUGCUACACAAUUUCCUCGCUCCUGCCGUCGCUGCUAAGCUGAAAGCUGAGACCGAGUCAGUAGACAAGAGAGACUACCCCAACGAUCUGAUCCCCGCCCAGGAUCUUGGUGAGGGUGACGGAUGGGUCAUCCAGGGUCCCGCAUCUAAACAUCGAUAUCUCAACCUAACCGGUAAUUCAGCGAGUACACCAGUGUUCCAAUCGAUACACCAAGUGCUUUUCCCCUCUGAAGCAUUCCGAGCAUGGUUAUCAGUCGUCUCGUCACUUGCUCCUUUGGGAAGACGAACGGAAGGUAGACGAUUCCGAAAAGGUCUCGACUACACCUUAGCAAACGGUGAAGACGGGAAGGGAGAUGCCAGAUUAGACGUAUCGUUCGGUGCGACUUGGUGGGCCGAUGUACCCUCUGGGUCGGAUGAGGAGGAGAAAUUGGUAGAUCACGGAGGAUGGGAGUGUUAUCUCGCCGCACCGGAUGAAGGUGAAGAUCCAGCAGUGUACCAAUCUUCCCAUGCUAAGAAAUUGGCCAAAUUAGAAGCUGAAGACAACAAGGGUGUUCGUCCUAUCGAAAGUGUCGCUCCUAACCAGGAAAAGAAAGAUGUGCACCCUGUGGAAGCUUCUACGGCUAUUACGGAACAUAUCGACGAACCGCACCCUGUCGAAGCUGUUACAGCGUCUGGUAAAACCCAUCAUGCCCAUCAUCACGAUAAGUCGAAACCUCACCCGGUAGAAGCAGCCACAGCGGAUAAAGAUGGUCAGGGACCAUCUAUAUCGAUCAAUGGGACUGAACUUGAAUUUGACCCUGAUCAAUUCUCACCAUCUGAUUUUGACUCUGAUUCAGAGAUGGGGGAUGACGAUGAUGGACCGUUAUUGACUCAACCUGUCAGUUUCAACAAGCUCUUGUUGGUCCUUAGAGAUCCAGGAGUGAUGAAGUUCACUAAGUACCUCAGUGCGAGAGCCAAGGGAUCAAGGUGGGAUAUAAGUGGGGAAUGGGAAGUGGGAGUGAUGGAGGAAGCAGAAGGUGAGGGAGAGAAGGAGGAGGAUAUGGCUUAA